ACUCGAAACGUUUUUUUCAACUAUCCGAGCUUUAAGCGGAGAACCGGCCGAGUCUCCGCGCUCCUGCUGUCCAGGCCGCCGCGGUUCUGUUUCUCCUGUCCGACUGUGCGUCGCUGCCUGCCGGUCCCAGCGAUCCAGACCCGCUGCUAUUAAUGAGGCUGAGAGGAGACGACGCUGUGGUGGCGCGACGCAACCACAAACCUGUCUAAGAUAUGAGUCUUUCUCCAGUCCGGAGGAACCAUCGCGGCCGAGCUGUUGCUGCUGGGAGUCGGGGCUAACAGCUGAGACUUCUGGACCGGUGAGACAUCCUGAUCCAGUCGGGCCACCGUGUCAUUUUGCGCAAGAACUGUUAUGACUGGCUUCUAGACAACCCCCUUGUUUUGAAGCAGCACCGUGGGCUUUACUGCUGAGGAUUUAUUGGAUUAAGACAUCCUAAAAGCAGGAGUUUGAAGCCUCUGCAUCAGUGCCAUGAAUCAGCCUGGACAACAGCUGCUACCCACAUAGAGGUCGCUUUACCUCUCUUUCCAUUAGCUUUGAUCUAGACGAUGCUGGGAAUGUGUCGCGGGCGCAGGAAGUUCCUGGCGGCUUCCCUCGCCCUGCUCUUCAUCCCAGCACUCACCUGGCUUUACCUGUCAGUCGGGAGCUUUCAAGUGAAGCCCCUCCCCCUGUCUCCAUUGGAAACCCAAUCAUCAGCGCCGGUGGGCGGAGCCGGUGAGCAGCAGGCCUUAGAGCUGCGGGUCCGGGCGGUGGAGGAAGAGAACCGGGCACUGCGCCGGGAGCUCAGCCGGCCACCCAGGAGCCCGUCUGCACGCCUUCCUAAUGGUGGUCACCAUGGCAACCAAAGUCGAACCCAUUCAGAGGAGGGCACCGGCGACAAUGAAGGCCAGAAAGUUGCUGCAGUGGGAAACAGCUCGGACUGUGUGCAGCAGCCAGCGGUGGAUAAGUGUGAGACCAUCCACGUGGCCAUCGUAUGUGCAGGUUACAACGCCAGUCGGGACGUGGUGACACUGGUUAAGUCUGUCCUUUUUCACAGGCGGAAUCCACUACAUUUCCAUUUCAUCACAGACUCCAUUGCUCAGCAGAUCCUGUCCUCUCUGUUCCAUACCUGGAUGGUUCCUGCCGUCAGGGUCAACUUCUAUGACGCAGAUGAGCUGAAGUCUGAAGUGUCGUGGAUCCCCAACAAACAUUACUCAGGAAUCUAUGGCCUGAUGAAGCUUGUGCUCACUAAGACGCUGCCGUCCGACCUGCAGAGAGUCAUCGUCCUGGACACAGACAUUACAUUUGCCACAGACAUUGCUGAACUCUGGGCCGUCUUCCACAAAUUCAAAGGCCAGCAGGUUCUGGGUUUGGUGGAGAACCAGAGUGACUGGUACCUGGGGAACCUGUGGAAGAACCAUCGACCCUGGCCGGCUCUGGGCAGAGGCUUCAACACUGGGGUGAUAUUGCUUCUCCUGGAUCGUCUCCGGAAGCUGCGAUGGGAGCAAAUGUGGAGACUGACUGCAGAGAGGGAACUAAUGAGCAUGCUGUCCACCUCCCUGGCAGACCAGGACAUCUUCAAUGCUGUGAUCAAACAAAACCCGUUCCUGAUUCACCAGCUGCCCUGCUUCUGGAAUGUCCAGCUGUCCGACCACACCCGCUCCGAGAAGUGCUACAAAGAUGUGUCAGACCUCAAGGUGAUCCACUGGAAUUCUCCAAAGAAGCUGCGAGUGAAGAACAAGCAUGUGGAGUUUUUUCGGAAUCUCUAUCUAACCUUUCUGGAGUACGAUGGCAACCUGCUUCGACGUGAGCUGUUCGGCUGCCCCAGCGAGGCCGACCACAACAGUGAGAACCUCCAGAAGACUCUGUCAGAGUUGGACGAAGAUGAUCCUUGCUAUGAGUUUCGUCGAGAGCGAUUCACUGUCCACCGCACGCACCUCUACUUCCUCCACUAUGAGUAUGAACCCAGCUCUGACAACACGGACGUCACUCUAGUCGCCCAGCUGUCCAUGGACAGGCUCCAGAUGUUGGAGGCCAUCUGUAAGCACUGGGAAGGCCCCAUCAGCCUGGCCCUGUACCUCUCUGAUGCUGAGGCCCAGCAGUUCCUGCGCUAUGCUCAGGGCUCCGAGGUGCUGAUGAGCCGCGGGAAUGUUGGUUACCACAUCGUCUACAAAGAGGGACAGUUCUACCCGGUCAACCUGCUGCGAAAUGUGGCCAUGCGGCAGGUCAACACACCCUACAUGUUCCUAUCAGACAUCGACUUCCUGCCCAUGUAUGGCCUCUAUGAGUACCUCAGGAAGUCAGUUGUGCAGCUGGACAUGGCCAACACCAAGAAAGCUCUGGUGGUUCCAGCCUUUGAGACGCUGCGAUAUCGUCUGUCUUACCCAAAGUCCAAGGCUGAGUUGCUCUCUCAGCUGGACAUGGGCACACUCUUCACCUUCAGGUACCAUGUGUGGACUAAAGGCCACGCUCCUACUAACUUUGCCAAAUGGCGGACAGCCACCACACCCUACAGGGUGCAGUGGGAAGCCGACUUUGAGCCCUACGUCAUGGUGAGGAGGGACAGUCCUGAGUACGACCGCCGCUUCGUGGGGUUUGGUUGGAAUAAGGUGGCUCACAUCAUGGAACUGGAUGCACAGGAAUACGAGUUCGUGGUUCUGCCCAAUGCCUACAUGAUCCACAUGCCUCACGCGCCCAGCUUCGACAUCACCAAGUUCCGCUCCAACAAGCAGUACCGCGUCUGCCUCAAGACCCUGAAGGAGGAGUUCCAGCAGAACAUGUCACGGCGUUACGGCUUUGCCGCCCUAAAAUACAUGACAGCUGAGAACAACAGCUAGCCACCACUGCAGACCCUCACACCCCCAACCCUGAACUACUGACACCCUCCGUGGGCUGGGGAGGAGGGGGCACAGGACACGGACAGCCCAUGUGGGGCCAUCAGGAUACUUUUAGACUUGAGUCCCCGGACUUUGUUAGAACGUUUGACCCUCAGUUGGGGACUGCAGGGGUCUUUUUGUCCAUUCUUUGUCCUCUGCUGUGGACGCAAGGGAUACUCCAGAAGGAGAUCUCUUUUGCCAGGAUGUCAAAGUUCGUCUUUCACAACAUGAGUGACUGCUGGGUCUCGGUCCUGGCUGUGUGGGCCCUGACAUCUGCAGACAAAGGAAAGCAGACAUUCAAUGCCUUGCCAUAUUUGUAAGACCAGUGACAGAAUUGCGGGCUGUAACAUAAUUGUGUGUGUGUGUGUGUGUGUGUGUGUGUGUGUGUGUGUGU